AUGACGGGUACAGGCAGCUCCCCAGAAAUUACGGAUCCCAUCGCCGGGUCCGGCCCGCAGCCGCCUGCGCCGCCGGCGUCCACCACGGAGAAGCAAGCGGCGGCGGCGGCGGCGGCCGGGGAGCAUGUCGAGGACGCGCCCCCCAGCAGCAGCGAUCAUGGCUCGGCGCCGGACCUGCACAAAAAGGGCGCUCUCGGAUUCAUCCAGCAGCAGCACACCAUCCCCACGACGGGCCGAGUGAUGCCGACGGGAAAGUGGGAGUAUAUAUUCUUCUGCAUCUACUACUUUUCCAACAACGGUGCCCGGUGUAUUCUAGCCAUUGGCGGUAAUGGCGGCGCGUUGCGACAGGCUCUCACGGCUCAGGCCUUUCCUGACAGAAUCGUCCACUGGGGUGGCCAGAGUCUCAAUAGCAAGUUGCCCUCCAAGAUUUCCGAGGCAGAAUUUUCGCUGCUUGGAGGCAGAAAAAUUGCAGUUGCGCAGAGUGUUCUUUACAUCUCCCAAUUCGCCAUGUGCGGAAUCAGCAAGGCCGACCAGUGGCAGGCCGCCCAAGCCCUCUAUGUGGCCGGAUCUCUGGCAGCCAACAUUGCGACGGCUUUUUAUACCGCCACCUUUCCCAGCCUGGUUCAUAACCUGCCCAAGAUUCUCGAGUCCGAGCAGCAAGUUCGAGACGGGACAAAGUCGCCUGAAGAACAUGCUGAACUGGAUUCGUACGAGCGAUCAAAGCUUUAUAAUUUCUGCAACAUUACCGGCUCGGGGCUCGUCGUCGUCUUCUACGCCAUCGCCGUGGGUAUUUCGGCCGGCAUCGGUUUCGACACCCCGACCAAGCUCAUUCGAUCCUACAAUGUCCUGAUGGGUUACUUUGGUGCUCUCACAGUCGUUGCGACUGUUCCGUUCUUUCUUGUUCAGAAGCACCGACCCGGCCAGCAGCUGCCAGAGGGUACCAGCUUCUGCACAGUCGGGUUCAAACAAGUAUGGAGUGCCAUGAAGUCGGCCAAGGAGCUUCGACAAUGCAUGCUCUACCUCCUCGCCUUCUUCAUGCUUCAGGAAACCUUUGGAACUUAUUUCAACAUUACCGGCAUUCUUCAGAACGAGGACUUAUCUGUCUUCUCCCCCCAUCUUAGAGUCAUCAACUACUCGCCACUCAAAUUAAACGCCAUGAGCCUCGUCGCCGAUUUGUCGGGUGGAUCUGGCACAGUAUUCGUCUUGCUCAUGCAGAAAAAGUUCCGCUUUUCCGUCAAAGCCGGCGUCUUCUACGGUGCUUGCAUGACCCUCGUGCCCUCCCUUUGGGGAGGCAUCGGAUACUUUACCAAGUCGGCCGGUUUUUUUCAUCCCUGGACUUUCUGGGCGGCAAACGCCUGGAAUUUCAAUACGGCGGCCUGGGGAAGUUAUCAGAUCACCAUGAUCUCCGAGGUCGUUCCGGCGCCCAAAGCCUUUCUGUUCUUCGCCCUGUUCAACUGCGUCGGCAAGACGUCCGGGUUCAUCGGCCCCUUUAUCUCGUCGGCCAUUAUCGAACGCGCGCACGGAGAGACCAGUGCUGCGUACUGGUUUCUCUUCGCCAUGGGCUCCGUGGGCUGCGUUGCGCUCUGGUUCGUGGACACGGACAAGGCCAAGCGAGACAAUGCUCGGUACCUGGAGCGCGAGGCGGCCGAGUUUUACAGCGAGAGGCAGAUGAGGGAACUACAUCAAGAGAAGACCGGACAUGCAGCGACAGCAUAA